AUGGAGUUCACAAAACUUCGGAUUAGUCCACUUCUUGUGGGGUUUUUGUUUGUGUGUUCAGUGGCGUUAGUUCAUGGUUGGGGAAAUGAUGGACAUCUCUCAGUUUGUCGACUUGCUCAGCCGCGAUUGAGCGAGGCGGCUGCGAAUGCUGUGAAGGAUCUUUUGCCAGCAUAUGCAGAAGAUGAUUUAGGGAGUUUGUGUUCAUGGGCUGAUAGAGUCAAGUUUCGGAGGCCAUGGUCAUCCCCACUUCACUACAUUGAUACCCCUGAUGAUCUCUGCACUUAUCAGUACACCAGGGACUGCAAGGAUGCAGAUGGAAUAAAAGACAGAUGUGUUGUAGGGGCAAUCAACAAUUACACCACCCAGCUCCUGACUUACGGACAAGAAUCUGCUUCUCAAUAUAAUCUUACUGAGGCAUUGCUGUUUCUGUCUCAUUUUAUGGGUGACAUUCAUCAGCCCCUGCAUGUUUGGGACAAUAACAUCAUCGAUACUGCUGAAGAAAGAUACGAUGACUCUGAUGUGACCGAGCUAAUUGAUGCAAUCCAAACCAACAUAACAGCAACUGUAAAUAGAGUAAAGACAUGGGAAGGCUGCACCACUGGCAAUCCUCCAUGCCCAGAUGUAUAUGCGACUGAAAGUAUUAAAGCUGCAUGUAAUUUUGCCUAUAAAGGUGUCACUGAGGAAUCAGUACUGGAAGAUCCCUAUUUUCUGACUCGUGUACCGAUAGUCUAUUUGCGGCUAGCUCAAGGUGGAGUUCGUCUUGCAGCUACACUGAACAGUAUAUUUGGAUGA